AUGCUCCACAAUAAGGGCACUUAUAGUUUGAGAGUACAGUGUGAUGAAAGAGAUCGCCAUCUUCUCUUAAAUUUCAAACAAACAGUUGGUGAUCCAUCAUCCAUCCUCUCUGGUUGGUCGGAUGGCAGAGAUUGUUGUGAAUGGAUAGGGAUUCAGUGUGACAACACCACCGGUAGAGUCAUCGAACUCAGUCUUCCUUGUUCUUUAGAAGCCUAUGAUUAUGAUUGUGAAGAGAAGAAAUCACACUGUCUCACAGGUGAAUUCCACCUAUCUUUGCUCCGACUUGAGUUUUUAAAUUACUUGGAUUUGAGCAAUAAUGACUUCCAUGUUAUUACCCAACAUGAUUCCUCUAAAAAUUCUUCUAAUCUUCAUCACCUUGACUUAUCAUAUAAUGAGGAUCUUUUCAUUGAUAGCCUUCAUUGGAUUUCUCGUUUUGCCUCCUUGAAAUAUGUUAACUUCAGUGGCAUUAAUCUUCAAGGGAAACUUGAUUGGCUUCAGUUACCAGCUUUACUUCCUUCCCUUACUGAAUUGCACCUAGAUAGAUGCCACCUUGAAAACAUCAGUCCAUCCCUGCAGUAUGUCAAUUUUACUUCACUUGAAGUUCUUAGCCUUUCUGAUAAUGCUUUUAACUCUGAAAUCUUUCCGAACUGGCUAUUCAAUCUCAGUGAUGUCACUUCUGUAAAUUUGAGCUAUAAUUAUUUUCAUGGCCAACUUCCAAAUAGACUGUUGAAUCUUGGAAAAUUAAAAAGCUUGGAUUUGCAAGGCAAUCAACUAAGUGGACCAAUUCCAGCUUGGUUAGGCCAACUAAAACACCUACAAGUUCUUGAUAUUAGUCAUAACUUACUUUAUGGUCAUAUUCCUCCUCAAUUGGGAAAUCUAUCAUCCUUGGUUAUCUUGAAUCUCAAUUCAAAUAACUUAAACGGUAGUCUUCCAGAGAGCCUUGGGCAGCUCUUGAACUUGGAGAUGUUCAACUUUUAUGAUAAUCAUUUGAUGGGGUAUGUGUCUGAAAGGAAUUUUGUCAAACUCUCAAAUUUGAAAGCGCUUGGCAUGGGAUCUCCAGGCUUAAUCUUUGACUUUGAUUUGUCUUGGGUUCCUCCUUUUCAACUUGAAGGCAUAAAUUUGGUGCACAUAGUGGGUUCUAAGUUUCCUGAAUGGAUAUAUACGCAAAAGUCUCUCAGGGUAUUAGUUAUUAUCUCCUCAAGUAUUUCAUUUCAAUCUCAAGAUAACUUUUGGAAUUUGGCAACACAGUUGAGAUGCAUAUGCUUACAAGAGAACACGAUUGAUUGGGACAUAUCCGAUGUGUUACUGAACUCUACAUACGUAAGUUUGAGUUCUAAUAAAUUCAAAGGCAAUCUCCCUCGUUUGUCACCAAAUGUUGUCACAUUCAAUGCAAGAAAUAACUCUUUUCAAGGAUCUAUUUCUUCAUUGUUGUGUCAAAAGAUGAGUGGCAGAAGCAAUUUAAAGUAUUUGGACAUGUCUAAUAAUCUAUUAUCAGGAGGGCUUACAAAUUGCUGGAUGCAUUGGAAAUCCUUGGUUAUUAUUAGGCUAGGUGGCAACAAUCUUACGGGUACUGUUCUCCCAUCAAUCAGUUUCUUAUCUAAUCUCAAGAUUUUGCAUCUCAAUAACAACAACUUCUUUGGAGAGAUACCAAUGUCACUGAAAAAUUGCCAAAACCUGCAGAUCCUUGAUGUUGCAGAAAAUAAAUUUUCAGGAUUCAUACCAAACUGGAUAGGUCACAAUGUAAAGAUUAUCCAAUUUAGAUCCAACCAAUUUAGUGGAACUAUCCCAUCAGAAGUAUGCCAGUUGGAAUCUCUUAUAAUAUUGGAUUUUGCAAAUAACAAACUCUCAGGUUCAAUACCUAAGUGCUUACAUAAUAUGACAGCCAUGAGACAAGCUGCUUCAAGUAAUGUGGUUAACAACUUUUGUGGCAGAAUAUUGUGUUCAAAUUCUAUAUAUGGAGACAAUGUUGAGUUGCAUAUAAAAGGCCUUGAACUAAUCUAUGAAGAAAAUGUAAAGUUGUUGCGUGCUAUUGAUCUAUCAAGUAAUUAUAUGUCUGGAACAAUACCUCCAGAAAUGUUUAGUCUCAGUGAAUUGCAUUCCUUGAACUUGUCCCAUAAUCAAUUAGAAGGAAAUAUAUUGAGAGAGAUUGGAAACUUGAAACAAUUAGAAUCUCUUGAUCUUGCACACAAUCAAUUUUCAGGUGAAAUUCCUCAAAGUUUGGCUCAAUUGUCUUUUCUGGGAACCUUAAACCUUUCCUUCAACAAUUUCUCUGGAAUGAUCCCAUCAGGGACUCAACUUCAAGGGUUCAAUGUGCUAAGCUAUAUUGGGAAUCUUGGACUUUGUGGUGCUCCACUUCCAAAGAAUUGCACACACAAAGAUGUUAAACCCACUGAAGGAAAUUACAGUGAAGAAGAUGAAUUUCUAUCUUCCUUCUACAUUGGGAUAGGAGUUGGAUUUGCCGUGGCCUUUUGGGGAGUCUGUGCUGUCAUUUUCUUCAACAACAAUUUCAGGCAUUCUUACUUUAGAUUCCUCUAUCACAUUAGAGACAAGUUUUAUGUCAUGGUGAUCCUCAGGAUUAAUCGUUUUCAUUGA